AUGGCUGCAAGAGAACUGCCCAACUGUUCCCAUUCCCCAGCUUUAUGGCUUUGGACUAUCCAAUGGCCAAGCUUUCACUCUUUUCGACCGCCUGCCCAUGUUUACGGUACCAUUCAGCGUCUGCGUCGUUGGCUCUUGUCUGUGCUAGGCUACCCAACCCCGUCUCGAUACGUUCAGCAUCCUUUCAAAGGUCAACAUGCGUUGGGCACGCCAUAUCUUUUGAUUGAAUAUAUCAACCCAUCGCGAGGCAAGCCGCUUACUGAAACUUGGGAGGAAGGGCGCCAUGAUCCCAAAUUGCGCAGCAACCUCUUUCAUGGUCUCUCGCGCAUGAUAUUAACUCUUGCUCGCACUCCACUGCCAAAGAUUGGCUCCUUUACCUUGGAUAAAAAUGGGUAUUUGAGCCUGAGUAACCGCCCUCUUACUCUUGAAAUCCAAUAA